AUGUGUGCGCUGGUGAAAGUUGGCAGCAAGCGCUUAAGCUCUGUGCUGAGCAGCCUCAACUCUCUUUCCCUGCGUCGCUUCUGCAGCACACUUGCCCCUGGCUCCAUUCAUCCCACAGCAAUCGUUCACCCCAAUGCCGUUUUGGGUCAGGGUGUUUCAAUUGGUCCCUUUUGUACUGUUGGGUCGACCGUGAAGGUUGGAAAUGGCUGCCAAUUAUACCCGGGAAGCCAUAUAUUCGGAAAUUCAGAAGUUGGGGAGCGUUGUGUUUUGAUGACUGGCGCCGUUGUUGGUGAUGAUCUUCCAGGCCGAACUUUGCUGGGAUGUAAUAAUAUUAUUGGACACCAUGCUGUGGUUGGUGUCAAAUGCCAAGACUUGGAGUACAAGUCAGGGGAUGAAUGUUUCCUUGAGGUUGGGGACAACAAUGACAUCAGGGAGCAUACAUCAAUCCACCGGUCUUCGAAGUCGAGUGAUACAACAGUUAUUGGGAAUAAUAAUCUUAUCAUGGGUUCUUGUCAUAUUGCCCACGAUUGCAAGAUUGGAAACAACAUCAUUUUUGCAAAUAAUACCCUUUUAGCAGGCCAUGUUGUGGUGGAAGAUUAUGCUCACACUGCAGGGGCUGUAGUUGUUCACCAGUUCUGCCAUGUUGGUUCUUUCUCUUUUAUUGGUGGUGGCUCCGUGAUUGCACAGGAUGUUCCAAAGUACAUGAUGGUUGCAGGAGAAAGAGCUGAACUUCGUGGUUUAAAUCUUGAGGGUCUACGACGUCAUGGUUUCACAGCCCAAGAGAUUAGAAGCCUGCGAACAGCUUACCAAAAAGUAUUCAUGCCUGCUGAAAUUUCCAAGGGUUUCGAUGAACGUCUGGCUGACAUGGAGAUGCAUGAUGAAUUGGCUCAUAUAUCUGUAGUUUGUUCCAUGGUGCAAUCUAUCCGUGACUCUUUUGAAGGAAAACGACGUGGAAUAUGUAAAUUCAGACAUUGGAAUGGCUCUUAA